UGGGCUCUUCGCUCCGCCUUCCCUCGCUGGGUCCCUUCCUUCCCUCCUCCCCGCCGCCCCGCAGUGCUCGGCGGGCUGAGGCGGGAGGCGGCGGAGCUGCGGAACGGGGCGGGGCUUUUUGCUUUCCUGAAUCCAGCAGAGCCAGGAAGAAUAGAGAGUGUGGAAGGAAGUACUUGAAGAGGACUCAACAUUUGGAGUGGUCCUGUGAGCUGCUUUGGUGGUGAAGGAAAGCUGCUGAGCUAGAAAGAUGCGUGAGUAUACAGAGCAGAAGGAAACAUGUGGGACCAUCUGUCUCAAGUACCUGCUCUUCAUCUUCAACUUUUGUUUCUGGCUGGCUGGUGGAGCUGUGAUGGCUGUAGGCACCUGGACCCUGGCUGAGAAGAGUGACUACAUCAGCCUGCUCUCCUCCAGCACAUAUUCUGCAACUGCUUACAUUCUGGUGGUGGCUGGGGUGGUUGUCAUGGUUACUGGCAUCCUGGGUUGCUGUGCGACCUUCAAAGAGCGUCGGAAUUUGCUGAGAGUGUACUUCAUAUUGUUGCUGUGCAUCUUUCUCCUGGAGAUCAUUGCUGGAAUCCUGGCCUAUAUCUACUACCAGCAGCUGAGCAUGGAACUGAAGCAAAAUCUGAAGACCACCAUGACCAACAAGUACAAGAAGAAGGGAGAAGAGAGGGUUACCAGUGCAGUGGACAAACUGCAGCAGGAGUUCAAGUGCUGUGGGAGCAACAACUACACAGACUGGGCUGACAGCCUGUGGAUAAAAUCUCCAGCAGCCAAUGGAAGGAAAGUCCCAGACAGCUGCUGUAAGACAGUAACUGAGCUGUGUGGCCGGAGAGACCAUCCUUCCAACAUCUACAAGGAGAGUGGUUGCAUUACCAAGCUGGAAAAGUUCAUUCAAGAGCACCUGAAAAUUAUUGGAGCAGUGGGGAUCAGCAUUGCUUGUGUGCAGAUCUUUGGGAUGAUUUUCACCUGCUGCUUGUACAAGAAUUUAAAAUUAGAACCAUAUUAACAGCUUCAGGAACUCUUUUGCUCCCCCUCUGCCACUUCCCUUCAUGCCUGCCAACCUGACCACUCUCCCCCCCCCACCACCACAGAAGUGUCUGUAACUUGAGGACUUGGCUCUGUAAUUCAGUGUCUCCCAAACCAUGACCUUACUUGGCCCCCUCUGGGGGAAAGCCACCCUCCUUGUUGUGUACCAGGAGUUCAGUAGGUCCUCUUCACUCUCAUGAAAUAAUAAAAGCUGUGGGUCUUCUGCUUUAAGUGAAGCUUUACUGAUGCAGUGGUUUGCUAUGUCUAUGAAGCAAGAUUUAUCCAUUUCUUUUGAGGCUUUUCCUGAGCCAACACGAAGGUGUCAGGAUGCUACACAAGAAUGAUGGGAUGCUCCUCAGCAGUCCUGUGCUUCUGCACUCAGCUGGAGCCAGAGCUGAGUCUCUCAUACCUGGAAGAUUUCUCUCCCUCCUCUCAGGUGUGUGCUCCCUCUCUCCUGGCCUUUAAGUGGUGCCACCCUUUCAGAGCACACAGUUAAGGUGAGCAAAAUCACCCAGACCCCUAAGUGGUCUCACAGUAUUGGGGUUUUUAGUUCACUGAGCAGAAAUCUUGGAUUGGUGCUAAAAGGUGACAGCCUAAAAUUCAGAGCAGGUCAAUCUGGAAUACCCCCAUCAACACCAGACCAAAAUAAUCCUUAACUAAUGCAGAAGGGUGGAAGAACUGAGGUGUGUCCUUGGUUCCAUAGCAGCAGUAAAGAGGGCAAAGAAAUCUAAAUUAUUAUGUGCUGAUCUAAAGGAGAAAUCUCUAAAUUAUUUCUUGUUUUAUAAUCCAGUUCCUGACAAGUAUUGACUACUAACUAAGAGGAAAAUAUUGAGCAUGUUGCUUUAAACAGUAUUUCUAGUAUUUCUUAGGCAUAUUUUUGUAGAUGCCUUUGCCUGUUCCCUUCAAAUCUAUUGUACAGGGAUGGGAGAGGCCAGGAAGACUGGGAUAUGAAUAGUAAGUGGGCUUGUGUCCAUUGGGUUGUUUUAUACUUUUUCUCUGUGUAAUAAUAUUAAUUGCCUUUUUUUUUUUUUUAACUGUUUAUGUUGCUGACUAAUAGAAAAAUAAAGCAUAAGAUUCU